AUGAUGUGGAGAUACUUGUGGUCUAGAAAUGAGGUAGCGGUCAAUGUUCCAAGAUACCAGGGGGGUGAAGACGAAGAUUCUGUUGAUCUUCAGAUCAAGUCAUUGAUGUAUAUGUUUGAGAGACUGAAGGUGUAUAACUUUGCGCCUUUUAUCAAAAUUUCGGACUCAGGAAAGCUUUCAUUUGACUGGCUUUCAAAACCCGAUGCACCGCUUCAUCCUGAUGUGAUUAUCAACGACAAAUUGGACUCAGUUUAUAACAUCCAAUCGUUCAAGAAGAUCCUCCUUGACGACCCUUAUCGAAUUCUAAUUGACUAUUGCAAGAACAAAUUUAGGUCAUAUUUGAUUCUAAGCGAUAAUCCUAAAGAGUUUCCAGAGCUGCCUGAAUUUAUGGCUCCAGACUUCCACUUUACGAUUUUGAAAGCCAACUCUUCGGACAAAGACUACAUUGAUGUGCUGGUCAACAAGUCUGAUAUAUACAAGGAACACAAUAUCAGCCAACAAGUUAAGAUAGAUAUUGCGAGGGAGAUCAUAUAUGCGCAAAGAACUUGCUCCAAUGAAAAGAAUUUCAAUAAGAAUGAUAGAGCAAAGAUCAUUAAAUUGUAUGUUCAGAAACUUGCAUUCCACAUACAGGUGGAAAGAAUCUAUAAGGCAACUUUGAAGUCGAAAGAACAGGUGCUUCGAAGUACGAGGGUUCCACUAUCAAAUGCUUGCAGACCGAGGGGUUUCAAAACUCAUAGGUCUGUAGUCAACCUGCAAAUCGCUCAGCCGCUGAAAUCCACCAAUCGCAAUACAUUACGUGCUAAGCCAUCCAUGUCAAUUAUGAAACUUGAUAAUGUGUACUCCGAAAGUACACAAGAAUCGGAUUCAUCGGACACUCUGAUAUCAUCUGGGACAUCAGAAACGGGAAGCGAUGACUCUCUGGACACACUUUUUCCUGUAGUCGGUAUGCGCUCCUCCAAAUGCUUCACGGAAGAAGAGAAAAGUUUUACGUACGAACAAAGCAAAUUAGCAGUCAGAAUAAGGGUUGAACGCGAAAGAGCUCACUUGAAAAAGUCACACGCAUAG